AUGGGUAUCAAAAGCAUCUCCGGCAAGCUCGUCCUGGCUCUUGGCGUGAGCUCAGCUGCUGCAUCGUCAGUACUGCCUCGCCAGACCAACGGUUCUAGCUCUGGUGUCAGUCCGUACUUCGCAUCCAUCUCCGACUAUGUCGAUUCCAUCGUCGAUGAACUCUGGCCUAUCAACAAGGAGAUCCACGACAACCCCGAGCUUGGAUACGAGGAGGUCAAGGCACAUGAGCUCUUGACUGACUUCAUGGAGUCCCAUGAGGGUUGGAACGUCACGAGGUCUAUCUACAACAUCAGCACUGCCUUUGUCGCAGUAUUUGAGGGAAGCGGGGAUGGACCUAUCGUGUCUUUCAACGCAGAGUACGACGCCCUUCCUGGUCUCGGUCAUGCUUGUGGUCACAAUCUUAUCGCCACGGCUUCAAUCGGUGGAGCACUUGCCACUGCUGAGAUCAUGCGUGCCGAGAACCUCCCAGGCAAGGUCAUUCUUUUCGGGACGCCUGCUGAAGAGAGUCUUGGAGGCAAGGUGAAGCUUCACGAAGCUGGCGCAUUCCGUGAUCACAAUAUCGACAUCUCUCUCAUCACCCACCCAACCAACGGCGGUGACUCGCCGUACAUGAUCACAACCUCCACCGACCGAUUUGAGGUCGAGUACUACGGAAAGGAGGCCCAUGCCGCUGCGUCGCCCUGGGAGGGUAUCAACGCCCAAGACGCUCUGAUCGUUGCCAACAACGCCAUCGCGCUACUCCGCCAGCAGACGCGGUCCACGGACAAGAUCCACGGCAUCAUAUCAUCCGCCGGCUCCCGCAUCAACGUCAUCCCUGCUCUCGCAGAGGCAUCCUUCCAGAUCCGUUCCGCGGACAACAUCGCUUUGGAGGAGUGGACGGAAAGGGUUAUGAAGUGUUUCGAGGCCGGCGCCCUGGCCACCGGCGCCGAGCUCAACCUCACCAUGCGGCCUUACGGCUAUGACAACAUGGUCAGCAACGACAUCCUGGCCAGCUCGUAUGCCAAGUACUUCACGGAGCUUGGUGGAGAGGUGCCCAGUGCCGAGAUCGACAAGCUCCGAGAGCCGAGCGGAAGCACCGACCAGGGAAACCUGAGCCACGACUUCCCGACCAUCAGCCCCUACUUCGGCAUCACCAACGAGAACGGCAGCGUGCCUGACGGCGGUCCUCACACUUCGGCGUUUGAGGUUGCGGCUGGUAGCAGAUCUGCAUUCGACAAGGCGAUUAUGGUUGCUAAGGGUAUUGCUGGUGUUGCUGUUGACGUUCUCACGGUGGAUGGCCUGCUGGACCAGAUCAAGGAGGAGUUCGAGGCCACUCAAGAGAGGCGCAGAAGGCGUCGCUCUGUCUUUUGA